GUGGGCAGACCGCGCCUCGGAGGCAAGGGGCGCCACCACAUGAAGCACCUAAUUAAGGGUAUUUCGAUGGAGAAGAAGCUGACAGUUCUCGCGUUCUGGGCAUCUGCCCCUCUACCCAAGAUGCGCAGUACUAUUGCGCACUUCUGGCCAGAACUAGCGCCGGAACGCUACAAUUCCAAGCGCACCAAGAUCCAGCGCUGGCGAAGGGAUUCAGCCAAGCUCGAGGCAGCUCUAAAAGGGCGUAAAGGUAGCCAUCUAAAGGUGCGAAGCGUUGGGGUAGGGACCAUUCUCUCUGAAUCUGUUGAGCUAGAGAUCGUAGCAUGGAUU